AUGUCAAUAACUCCAUUAAAUAGAAUAAUGAGCUAGUUAUUAUCUUCUCUUUUAGAAAAAUAAGAACAAUGCUUUGAAUAAAAUAUAUUUGGAUUGUAUAAUUACAUUUCUGAUCCAGAAUUUGAUUAAUUCUUAUUUCAAUUAUGGUAGUUAAUAUUUGAUUAUUCUUAGUUUUCUAUAUUAUGUUACAGAAAAUAAAUAGUUAAAAGAGCUUCUAUAUAAUUAUGCUUUUAUAAAUAAUUCUAAUUAUUAUAGAUUGGAGUGGACUUUAAAGGCCUUAAAUGAGGAUUCUUAAUAUGAAAAAGUGAAAAUAGGCUAUACUAAUUUUUUAGAGGUAAUUUUGUUGAAAUAUAUAUUAAUUAGUUUUUAAGAAAAGAAUUCAUUGUACAUUAUUAAUCUCAAAAAAGUGAUGAAUAAAAAUGUAUAAUUGUAUUAAACUUAGAUGAAUUGAUUAAAAAAAAUAGAAAGAUUUAUGCUGAGAAAUAAGAGAAUAUUAUGUUUAGUUUAAUUGAAUAAAGUUUGAGAUUGAAAAAAAUAGAAAUAGAAAAGCAAAAAGAUCAUAUGAGCAAAUUUUUAUUACAUAUAAAUUAAAUGAUAAAUAGCUUAAGAUUUUCAGAUUAAUUAGAAUUAAGAGGUUUGACUAUUCCAUUUAAUUAUGGGAAUUAAGAUUCUUAUUUAAUAGUAAAUUUGUUAGAAGAUGAAUUUACAUGUUAUAAUACAGCAAAAAGAGUUCCUUAUAAGAUUAUAAUUGAAACAGUAAAGUAACAAAUAUAAAUUAAAUAAUUAGCCCAAAUGAAUUGUAAUUGAUAGAGAGUGUUAAUGAAUUAUUACUAAACAACUUGCCAGAAUUGAUUCCAAUAUAUGAUAUUGAAAAAGAGAUGAAAACAAUAUCCUAAAUAAAAAUAUAUUAGUAAUACAAUAUUGAGGAAUUAAAAAAGUAAAAUAUUGAUAAAAUUUUAAUAGAUUAGCUUUAAGGAAAAUAGAUUUCUAGAAAUUCAAUAAUUUUUAAAGUUAGAAUAAGAUGAAGGAAAAAGAUAUUAAUGUAUCUAAAUCUUCAAAUAAAUCAAUUUGGGGAGAAGAUUGGAAUAUUACAAAAUAAAGGAUUAAAUAAAAUUCUUAAUAUGGAAAUCUAAAAUCUCAUGAUGUUAGAUAGAUUAUUAUAAAAGGAGGAGAUGAUUUAAGAAAUGAACUUUUAAUUAUGUAGAUGAUGAAAAGAAUUGAUGAAAUAUUCAAAUAGAAAUAAUUAAAGCUUUUUCUAAGACCCUAUGAUAUAAUUUUAACUUCUGCAAAUAGCGGAAUUUUAGAAUAUAUACCAAAUACAGUUUCUUUAGACAAAAUAAAGAGAGAAAAUUAAAAUAUCUCUUUAAAACAAUUUUAUUUAAAGAAUUUUGAGAAUUUUUAAGAAGCGUAAAAGAAUUUUGCAGAGAGUUUGGCAGGAUAUUCAUUAAUUUGUUAUUUAUUUUAAUUAAAAGAUAGACAUAAUGGAAAUAUCCUAAUUGAUAAUAAAGGUCAUAUAAUUCAUAUAGAUUUUGGAUUUGUAUUAACAUUGACUCCAGGUAAUAUAGGAUUUGAAUCAGCUCCAUUUAAAUUAAUAAGUGAAUAUGAAGAAUUAUUAGGUGGAAAAGGAAAUGAUAUGUUUACUUAUUAUUAAAUUCUAAUAUUUUCAGGUAUAUUUUAUUAUUGAAUAUAGGACUUGCAAUUUUGUAAGAAAAUACAUAAGAGUUACUAACUUAUGUAAAAUUAAUGCAUUUCAGUCCAAAACAUAAUCUUUUAGCUUGUUUGGAGAAUUUCAAUUUAAAUGAAUUCAAAAAAAGAUUUCAUGAAAAUAUUGGAUAAAAUAAAUUAUAUGAAACAGUAACUAAUUUAGUUGAAUAAUCAAGAGAUUCUUGGAAAACAGUAUUAUAUGAUUAUUUCUAAUACUAAACCAACACUAUUUAUUAUUGA